ACAUUAGCGUCAGUUAAUCAACAAGUUUCAUUAAAAGACAUUCAAUUUCUUCUUUUGUGCCAAAACUGUAAAAAUGAUUGCGACCCUUUUCGUUGUCUUUGCUGUUGCUUCUUCAGCUCUUGGUUUUUGUCCAUUUACUCCAUUUAUUCCUUCGGCUGAUAUUGGUGCAAUUUCAGGUCGAUGGUAUGUUACUCAACCAAAUCUUGGUGAUUCAACACAAAAUUUAACACAUAUUUCAAUGGAUUUCACUCCUCGAGUGGAUGGGAACUUCAAUCUUACAAUUAGUGGAACUAAUCCUGAUGGCUCAAAGAAAAGGGAAUAUUGGUUAGCUGAACGUUCUGAAUAUCAGCGACAACUCAAUAUCUACGAUUUUUCAAAAAAAAAUCCAUACAAAGUUAACUUCAAUGUAAUGGUAACUGAUAAUUACGUUGGCUAUCUGAAUGGCUAUUUUUGUUUGAUCCUUCCUACUCGCUCUUUCCCCAUUUACGGUGGAAAUUUCUCUAGGACUGACCCCAUGAAUGGUUACAAGAAUGUCGAGCUAACUGAUUUGAUUGAUUAAGUUGGUGCUUCUAGUGAUAGAGUUGGACAAUUAUCCAUUGAGACUAAAUAUUGACCAGUUUCCCAGUUAUAAUGUUGAAACUUGAAUAAAAUUAUGGGAUAAUCAAGACACUCCAUUUCAAAAAUUUGGUCCACGAGUUUGCUUCAAAAAUUAUACUAAAAAUUUGAGAUAAUUCAAAUAUUUUUUUACUGAA